CUGCGACACCAGCUCGUGCUUCUUCUUGAGUCGCACGAAAACACUAUCGAGUGUGAGCGGUAUCUGGGAGCUAACACUGCGUCUGACACAUUAAACACUGUGUCGAAAUGACAGUGUGUAGCUUUUUCCUCCAGGGCCGCUGUCGGUACGGCGACAAAUGUUGGAAUGAGCACCCGAGAGGAGGAAACAGAGGAGGAGGUGGAGGAGGAGGAUACAACAACAACAACAACAACUACAACCGCUCCUCAGCUCAGCAGCAACCCAGAGGAGGUGGAGGAGGGUUUGGAAACCGAGUUUGGGUGAAUCCUUCCCAGCAAAAAGGAGGUUUUAUCCAGCCUUCAUCUUUCUCCUCUCAUGGAAGUGAUGACUGGGGUCGAGGAGGAGGAGGAGGAGGAGGGAAUGACUGGGGCAGAGGAGGAGGUGGAGGGAGAAGAGAUAACGUGAAGAGCUCCGAAUUCAGCUUCUCUUCUCAAAACAGAUUUUCAGCACUCAGUACUCCCAGCACCUUUGACAGGGGAGGUCGAGGAGGAGGAGGACAGCAGGUAACAGCUGGUGAGGAGGAUGACGACAAAAAACUGGAGAUGAUUCAGAUAGACAUGGACAUUUGGGAGAGUUCAGGGCAGUGGGGCUUUUCGUGUUACUCUAACUUCAGGACAUCUUUAUCUGGUUUCGCUGAUCUCUCUCCAGAAGAGCUCAGGCUGGAAUAUUACUCCACAAGAGCUUCAGGAGAUCUGCAGAGCUAUGUGAAUGGUGUCAAUCAGUUGCUCAACCAGUGGAGAAGCAGAGUCCAGGAACUUAAGGUUAUGAAGCCAGCCACGCGCACAGCGUUGCUCGCAGAGAUGAACAACCCAGAUCCUCAGGCAUCUUCAGGUGGCUUUGGUUCAGCAACAGUGACUGGAUUUGGAUCCUCAACAUCCAGCUUUCAGAGCGGAGGCUUUGGGGCUCCAGCACCGGCCCAGGCCAACACUUUCAGUUUUGCUGCUCCAAGUGGUGGCUUUGGUUCCUCCGCAGCACCAUCAUCCUCCACAGGUUUUGGCAGUGCCUCAGGAGCUCCUACACAACCUCCUUCUGGGUUCGGUUCCUCAUCUGCACUUCCAGCUUCGUCUUUCUCCUUCGCUGCUCCAGCUGCCAACAAUCCAGCAGCCACCGCAGGAGCUGGCUCUGCCGCUGGGUUCAGUUUCUCCUCGACACCGAGCACAGCAGGAGGCUUUGGGAGCGGAUUCGGGGCUGAUGCAUCUGCUGCAGCAGGAAGGGGCAGUACUUUUGGACAGGCGAGUGGAGGGUUUGGGACAACCUCUGCUCCACCUGCAGCAGGAGCCGGGGCUGCUGGUGGGGCAUCGGACAGUCUGUUUUCACAGGAGAGCGCACUGACUCCAGAGGAACUGAAUCAGUUCAAGGCCAAGAGGUUCACUCUAGGCCAGAUCCCAUUAAAGCCUCCCCCAGCGGACAUGCUGGUGUGAUGACCCUACCAUUGAAUUUAAUGUGAUUUUUGAAAAAAAGAGAUCAUUUAUACAAAGAAAAUAUUUCCCUUUUCAACCAAAGUCAGUCUACUAAUUUUUAAGAUAUGGUAAAUGUUUAAAUACUUCAAUUCCGGCAGGGAGAAUUCACUUUGGUUCAUUUAAGAGUUUUUCAUAUAUGCAAGGAAAACUUUACUCACAGAUGUCCAAUACACAGUACCUAUUUUUAGAUGAUGUAAUUUUUGUCAUAUAAAAAUGCAAUUGUAUUUUCAAGAGACUGAAUGUCUUUCAGGAUUAUUCUGAAUCGCCAAUUUUACCUUUUCCCAUGUGUUGAUGCUGACAGGAAGCUUAUCAGCUCAUGAACAGAUUUUCUGAAGCUUCAUUUGCAUGGUUAUGUAAUCAGACAUAAUCUUUAUCACAACAAAACAAUAAAACAUGCAUAGAA